AAAUUGCAAAUUAUACCCCAAAAGUGACAUGUAGUAAUGCUUAAAUAUAUUUAAACACAUGGCAUAGGUAAUCUGCUCGUAAUUGUUGUUUCUGUUUAUAUAUAUUUUUCGUUUCCGUAUUAUUCGGGUUACGUACCUGUACCAGAUCGAAACAUCGGCCCCUUGAAACGAUUAUCCUAUUACUUACAUGCACUUUUCCUUUCUUCUUUUUAGGUACGUUUUAGCUGUUGAAACAUGACAUGACAUAACAUUUUUAUCAAUAUAUAUAUAGGAGGUAUAUAUUAAGUUCAUCUCGUUACUAUCGUUCACGCCGGACGGGUGGGAUAGUUUACUUUACUUUCUUUUAGUUACCUACAUAGGUGGUUGGUUAUCUUACCUUCGUUUCUAUACAAGCUCAACACAUAUUAAUUACGCAAAUUCGCAAAAUGGCAUCGUCAACCGCCCCAGGACCCCUCGUCCGCCUACGGGGCCUGCGCACCGAACAACUCCCCGCAGCUACCGCGUCGCCCGACGAGCUGGCGCCUUUCCUCUUGGCAAUCCUGCGGGAAGCCGUCCCGUUCAUCGACUCGGCGGCGCCCAAGGCGGGAAACGGCGCUGCGGACCCCAAGAUCUGGAAGCUGAAGGGGAGCCACGCGCACCCGGACUCGGCGGCGAAAAUCGAGGUCUUGGAGCGCGUGGUCCUCCCGGCUGCUGAGCUGGAGAAGGUGGCUGUGAGUGUGGGGGGCGGUAGUAGUAAUAAGGAGAAGGAGAAGGAGAAGGAGAAGAGUAAGGGGAAGGUUAGGCCGGAAACUUGGUGCUGUCGCCGCAGCGUCCACGAGGAUAAGCCGGAGAGGGGAACGGCGUCCUGGGACGAAUUCGUGCGUAGCUUCCGCGACGAGCAUGCCGAGUCGGAGCGCGCGUUUACGCCGGCGUGCGUGGAUGCGCAUCAGGCUCUGGCGUGGGACUGCGGGGGCGCGGAAGCCUUGGAGGGAGGGCAGACGUGGGGACGGUUCGGGUUGGUUGUGCAGGAGAUGCGGCAUCGGAUUGGGAGGCCGGUGUUGAAGGAUCGGACGUUUCCCGUGCUGCAGAUGACUGCUACUGCUACUGCUGGCUCCACCACCACCACUACCACCUCGGAAGAAGGAGAAGAAGAAGAAGAAGAAGAGUUCCUCGUGGUAAGCAUCCCGAUACCGGAUUUCGGGACGUCGGAAGCGAGUAAACUGGCCAAGGAAAAGGGUGCGCAGAUCGCUAGUUAUGUGAGUGUGGAGAGGAUUCGGAGGAUAGAGGGUGGGGAUAGGGAUGAGGAUGGGGGUAGGAAGGUGGAGUGGUUGAUGGCGACGGCGAGUGAUGCGGGAGGCGUGUUGCCGGGUUGGGUGCAGAAUGUGGCGGCGCCGGGGGUCAUUUGGAAGGAUGUGCCGCUGUUUUUGGGGUGGAUUGGUAGGGAGAGGGUGAAGAGACAGCAGCAGCAGGGUAGGGAUGAUGAUGAUGAUGAUGAUGAUGGUACGAAUAACGCUGAGGAUGUGGCGGCUGGGAAUACUUAGGUCUUGGUUGGAUUGGAAGUAGAGUAGUAGUUAAUACUGGUAGGAUCUUAGGAGGGAGGAGUAGAGAUGAGAUGAUGGGAGUGGCAUAGGUAUUACCUAUUAUAUUAAUAUUAUUACGGUUAAAGGAAGAAAUGCCCAGAGAAAGAAGGAUACUAUCCAGGUAAUGAUGAUUGUCUAGAGCUCAUGGCUACCUAUUUGAGUCGGUUGAGGUUGAAAGCUCGAGUA